CUAUGAAUCUACAUAUGAGCAAAAUAAACAUUUCCUUACUACUUAAAUAAGCAUUUAUUUUUUAUAAAAAGAUUUUUUAUGUGAGAAGAUCCACAAAAAUGAUAUGCACCCAAGGCGCACCAUAGAAGCACUCCAACUUAUAAGUACAGAGAAAACAAACAAAUAAACAAAUAAUAUUUCUCCGUAGUUGAUAAUAACAAGGGGAAGCUUAUGGUAUAAAUAAACCCACACAAUUUGAUUGAUUUCCCUCACCUAUAUCCAAAGCCCUUCCCUCAUUAACCUCCUCUCCACUUUACUCAAACUUACAAAGCUCGACGGGUUUAAGAUGGAAAGCUACACGCCGAAGAACAUCCUCAUCACAGGAGCAGCAGGGUUCAUUGCAUCUCAUGUAGCAAACAGACUCAUCAGACACCACCCUGAUUACAAGGUUGUUGUUCUGGACAAACUAGACUACUGUUCGAACCUCAACAACCUCCUCCCUUCCCGCUCGUCCCCCAACUUCAAGUUCGUCAAGGGCGAUAUCGGGAGCGUUGACCUGGUCAACCACCUCCUCGUCACCGAGUCCAUCGACACCAUAAUGCACUUUGCUGCUCAGACGCACGUCGACAACUCCUUCGGCAACAGCUUUGAGUUCACCAAGAACAACAUUUACGGGACCCACGUGCUGUUGGAGGCGUGCAAGGUGGCGAAAGGCCAGAUCAAGCGGUUCAUCCACGUCAGCACGGAUGAGGUGUACGGGGAGACUGAGGAGGAUGCUGUCGUGGGAAACCACGAGGCCUCGCAGCUCCUCCCUACAAACCCAUAUUCCGCGACGAAAGCCGGCGCGGAAAUGCUGGUCAUGGCUUAUGGGAGGUCAUACGGGUUGCCCGUUAUAACAACCCGUGGGAAUAACGUGUACGGUCCGAACCAAUUCCCCGAGAAGUUAAUCCCAAAGUUCAUUCUUUUAGCUAUGAAGGGGAUGACUCUCCCCAUUCACGGGGACGGGUCGAAUGUCAGAAGCUAUUUGUACUGUGAAGAUGUUGCUGAGGCUUUUGAGGUUGUUCUUCACAGAGGGGAGGUUGGUCAUGUGUACAACAUAGGGACAAAGAAGGAGAGGAGAGUGAUCGAUGUCGCGAGUGAUAUUUGCAGGCUUUUUGGCAUGAAUCCGGAAACGAAGAUCAAAUUUGUGGAGAACAGGCCGUUUAACGACCAGAGAUAUUACUUGGAUGACCAAAAGUUGAAGAACUUGGGUUGGUCAGAAGGAACCACUUGGGAGGAUGGGUUGAGGAAGACGGUCGAUUGGUAUACCAAGAACCCUGAUUGGUGGGGAGAUGUAUCUGGUGCAUUGCUUCCUCACCCGAGGAUGCUUAUGAUGCCCGGUAGGGCAGAGAGGCCUUUGAAUGAUUCUGAAUCAUCCAAGCUCUCUGAGAAGCCCAACCCCGUGCACAUGGUGAUCCCACAUCCGAAAACCAGAAACGGGUCCCAAAAACAUUCUUAUAAGUUUUUGAUAUAUGGCAGAACGGGUUGGAUCGGUGGGUUGCUUGGGAAGUUGUGUGAGAAGGAUGGGAUUCCUUACGAGUACGGAAAGGGUCGUUUGGAGGACCGGUCACAGCUUUUGGGUGACAUACGCUCCGUUAAGCCUACCCAUGUCUUCAAUGCUGCUGGUGUCACUGGUAGACCCAACAUUGACUGGUGUGAGACUCACAAGACCGAAACCAUACGCGCCAAUGUUGCUGGUGUGCUGACACUGGCUGAUGUGUGCAAAGAGUAUGGUCUCUUGCUGAUGAACUUCGCGACUGGUUGUAUAUUUGAAUAUGAUGAUGCACACCCAGCCGGUUCUGGGAUCGGAUUCAAGGAGGAGGACAAACCCAAUUUCACAGCUUCUUUCUAUUCCAAGACAAAGGCCAUGGUUGAAGAGCUCUUGAUGGAAUACGAGAAUGUUUGCAGCCUCAGAAUUCGCAUGCCAAUAUCGUCGGACCUCAAAAACCCUAGAAACUUUAUCAGCAAAAUCUCACACUACGAUAAGGUUGUGAACAUUCCAAACAGUAUGACCAUAUUGGAUGAGCUUCUGCCCAUUUCCAUUGAGAUGGCGAAGCGUAACCUGAGGGGCAUAUGGAACUUCACAAACCCUGGGGCAGUGAGCCACAACGAAAUUCUGGAGAUGUACAGAGAGUAUAUAGAUCCAGAGUUUAGUUGGGUGAACUUCACACUGGAAGAGCAGGCAAAGGUGAUCGUAGCACCUCGAAGUAACAAUGAGAUGGAUGCAUCCAAGUUGAAGAAAGAGUUCCCUCAGCUGCUACCAAUCAAGGACUCUCUUAUCAAGCACAUCUUUGAGCCAAACAGGAAAACCAAAACCUCAGCAAAAUAAACUUCAAUGAUUCUUAACCUUUGUGGAGUCUCAUAUCAGUUUAAAUAAUCAUUCUUCAGCUCGUGCUCUUUUGUUUUG